AUGAGGGCAAUGUUUCAGAAUAAUAAUCAUAGUAGUACUCACAACAAUCAUGAAGGAGGGCAAGCUCCUGUUUACAAGCAGUUCAUGACAUUUAAGCCAGCUGAGUUCAGGGGUAGCACAGAUCCAAUUAUUUCUGAAGAGUGGGUUCAGUCCAUGGAAAUCAUCUUUGAGUUUAUGCAGAUUACAGAAGUGGAAAGGGUCAAGUGUGCCACUUUUAUGUUGAAGGAUGAUGCACGAAUUUGGUGGAAGGGGGCUAAGGUAGCACUUGAUCUUAACAACAUAACUUGGAGAGAGUUCAAGGAGGUCUUUUAUGGGAAAUAUUUUAUUUUGAGCACAAGAAACAAACUAGCACGGGAAUUUCUGGAAAUUAAGCAAGGAGAUUCUAGUAUUGCAGAUUAUGUGAAAAGAUUUGAAAGAGGCAACUAUUUUGCUCCAAUGAUUACCGACAAUGCUUCCAUGGAGCUUAAUCAUUUUCUUGAGGGACUCAAUGCUACAAUCCGUCGGGAUGUAAGGCUUAGUAAUCCUUCUUCCAUGAGGGAAACGAUUGACCGAGCUCUAAUGGCUGAGAAGGACAACCAAGAUAUUAUUAGGGAGGCUCAGGCCAAGAGGACCAGUUAUCAAGGAAGGGAUUCUCAUGUUCCAGCAAUGAAGAGGCCUUUUAAUUAG